AUGCCGGUUUCUGAUUUAUUUCAUGCUGGUUUUGCAGAUUGGGGACCUAAAGUUGAUGUGGUGGGAUUUUGCUUCCUUGAUCUUGCAUCAAAUUAUGAACCUCCCAAAUCACUUGAAAACUGGCUUAAAGCUGGUACAAAGCCUAUUUAUAUUGGGUUUGGUAGCCUUCCUGUUCAAGAACCAGAGAAAAUGACAGAAAUAAUUGUUCAAGCUCUAGAAAUAACAGGACAAAGGGGCAUCAUUAACAAAGGCUGGGGUGGUCUUGGUAACUUGGCAGAACCAAAGGACUUCGUGUACUUGUUGGAUAACGUUCCUCAUGACUGGCUUUUUCUGCAGUGUGCUGCUGUGGUGCACCAUGGUGGUGCUGGAACAACGGCUGCUGGUCUUAAAGCUGCGUGUCCUACAACCAUUGUUCCUUUCUUCGGUGACCAACCUUUUUGGGGAGAUCGAGUUCAUGCCAGAGGAGUAGGCCCUGCGCCCAUACCAAUUGAUGAGUUUUCACUACCCAAGUUGGUUAAUGCAAUCAAAUUUAUGCUAGAUCCCAAGGUGAAGGAGCUCGCUGUUGAACUUGCGAAGGCCAUGGAGGAGGAAGAUGGUGUGAAAGGAGCAGUGAAAGCUUUCUUUAAACAUCUUCCUUGUAAGACACAGGAUCCGGAGCAAAUACCUGCCCCUUCUAGUUUAUUCUCUAUAAGUAGAUGUUUUGGUUGUUCGUAG